GGAACUGGUAAAUACAAAGGUUUGGUUGAGGACUGUUGCUGUGAUUACGAAACAGUGGACAAUCUCAACAGCGAGGUCUUGAAUCCUUUGCUUCAAGAUCUCGUCACAACCCCAUUUUUCCGGUACUUCAAGGUUAAGCUAUGGUGUGACUGCCCAUUUUGGCCAGACGAUGGAAUGUGUCGUUUGCGUGAUUGCAGUGUCUGUGAAUGUCCAGAGAAUGAGUUCCCUGAACCGUUUAAAAGGCCGUAUAAUGUCGCCGGUCUUCCUUCUGAUAACCCUAUAUGUCAAGAGGGAAAACCGCAGGCAGCUGUUGACCGGACUAUAGAUAACCGAGCCUUCAGAGGUUGGGUCGAAACCAAUAAUCCAUGGACGCAUGACGAUGACACAGAUAGUGGUGAGAUGAGUUAUGUUAAUCUUCAACUUAACCCGGAGAGGUUUACUGGUUACACUGGACCUUCUGCUAGAAGGAUUUGGGACUCUAUAUAUUCGGAGAAUUGUCCAAAAUAUUCUUCUGGGGAGACAUGUCCAGAGAAAAAGGUCUUCUACAAAUUGAUAUCCGGUCUUCAUUCUUCAAUCUCGAUGCACAUAGCUGGUGAUUAUCUUCUUGAUGAGUCACGCAACCAGUGGGGACAGAACAUCGAGCUGAUGUAUGAUCGUAUUCUGAGACAUCCUGAUCGUGUCAGGAAUAUGUACUUCACGUAUCUCUUUGUGCUACGUGCUGUAACAAAAGCAACAGCAUACUUGGAGCAAGCAGAGUAUGACACAGGAAACCAUGCUGAAGAUCUGAAAACACAGUCAUUGAUUAAACAGUUGUUGUAUAGUCCGAAACUCCAAACAGCAUGCCCUGUUCCGUUUGAUGAAGCUAAGCUGUGGCAAGGUCAAAGUGGACCGGAACUGAAACAGCAGAUUCAGAAACAAUUCAGAAAUAUAAGUGCACUGAUGGACUGCGUAGGCUGUGAAAAAUGCCGGCUUUGGGGGAAACUUCAGGUUCAGGGUCUUGGGACAGCAUUGAAGAUUCUCUUCUCUGUUGGAAAUGAAGACAAGGGUGACCAAACACUGCAACUGCAACGGAACGAGGUCAUUGCAUUGGUGAACUUGCUCAACCGUCUCUCUGAGUCGGUUAAAAUGGUCCACGAUAUGGGACCCGACGUAGAGAGGCUAAUGGAGGAUCAGAUAGCUAAGGGAUCAGCUAAAGCUGGGAGAUUAAGAAGAAUAUGGGAUUUAGCUGCUUCUUUCUGGUAA